AUGAUAACUAAGAAGGUUGUCUCUCUGGACGAUUUGUUCCUUAUACUGCCCUCGGACCUUAGUAUACAGCCAAGUUUGGUUGAUCUAGAAGAAGCGUUAAAAUCGACCUCUACUGGUAGGGAUAGAAUAAUCGACUUAACGUGGCAUUUAAUACAAAAUCAAGAGUUAUCGCUAGAUGAGACAUUGAAGCUAUGGGAGAUAAGACUCACUCUAUUAUUGUUUAAUAGUCAAUUGAACAUUGCAAAGAAGGAAGCAAUUAACCUCAACAAUGCGUUAUACUUAAGCGAAGAUGAUAGUAAUUCAACCUCAAGUUCUACGAACAGCUUAAUGCCUAUAUACCCUUUACCCAAGAAUAAUGAUAAAAUUCUUGAUUACAAUUUAUUGACCUUAUUGAUCAGGUUAAAAUCAAUUCCUAAUUUGAACUUGGUCAAUGAAAUAUAUAAAUUGACGUACCAGCUUCGAUUGAAGUACAAAGGUAAUUUGAUUUACAAAAAGCUUAUCAAUUUAAGCUAUGAUGUCAUGGUUAUCUUAAUUAUCAAUAAGAAUUAUUUGACAUUAAUCAACUUGUUAGGCUCUAUCAUUCAUGAAUUAGAAAUAUAUCCGGAAAGAGACCACAAUAAUUACCAUUCCAAUGUUUUACUUGUAUAUAUUAUAGUGAAAGCCUACAUGUUCCAGGAUGUAUCCCAACUUGUUUCAGAGUGCAAAGAAACUUUUUCUGGGGUUAAUAGGUUAUCUAAGAUGGCAUUAUACUUUGUAUUGAAGUCCAUUUCUCCACGUUUGACUUUUCCCAAUGAGAAAGAGACAAUGGCUAUACUCCCUCCUAGCGAAGAUUUUUCUAUCGACUACCUAGCUACUGCUGUCUCUAAAGGUGACAUUUCCACUCGAAUAAUAUGUUCCGCUAUGGGAAUGUGGGAUCUAAUAAAUAGAUUUGACUUUCAGUUACUGUCUGACCCAGAUAUUUCCUUCACAGAUCCACAUUUGACUCAGGAGUAUGAGGGUGAUAUGUCAGUUGUAGAGUCUUGCUACAGGCUCGUUAAUACCCAGUGGGCAGGUCAAUUUCAGAAAGUCUAUGGGCUUGAGUGA